AUGCCAUUCACCUUGCUCAUUUAUUCUACAACCAAAAAACAAAUUCGUGAGUUGUCAACUCAGGCAUCGGCACUAUGCACGUCUUCAAAGCGCCUGUUCAUACACGAUCUGCUAUAUGUGCAUGAUUUCCUAAUCGAUUCAGGUGCUGAUCACUUAAUCCUAAAACUGAAGGAACUCGACGCAGUAACUACAAUAAACUCAAUACAGAGGAGUACGCACAUUACUACGUCGCAAACCGAUCGCCGAUAUAAACAUAUGGUAAACAUAUGCCUUGGAUUGAGACGCGAAUUUUCAUGGAAUUUCUCUAUAGUAGAUUGCUCAUUAUCAAUAAUCGGUGCGGACUUUCUAAACGAAUAUGGUUUUCUUGCAGACAUCAAACGUAAACUGGUAAUCGAUCCAUUGACUGGAGCGUCUUCCGAAGGUGACGAUUUCACCUCAGAACGAGCUAAUGUAACGCACUUCAUCGAAACUACGAGACCACCGGUCACAGCAAAAGCAAGACGAUCAUCACUAGAUGAACUAAAGAUUGCUAAAAAGAAAUUCAACGAACUGCUCGAACUAGCUAUCUGCAGACCAUCAAAGCCCAACUACGCCUCGCCGCUGCAUAUGGUACUAAAAGCUAAUGGGGACUGGCGUCCAUGUGUUGACUAUCGGCAGUUGAAUUCACAUACAAAAACCGAUAAAAAUCCCAUUCUUCACCUGCAAAAUUUUCCAAAUAUCCUUUACGGAAAGCGCAUAGCCACAUCGACUUACUUCAAGUCCUAA